AUGGCUAUUCCAGUGGGAAGAACCCUCUUCAAGAAGAAGGAGGGUAUCCUGACUCUCACGACUGACCAUCAGCUGGUCACUUGGACUCCAAAUUCUGGAGGCCCUCCCACCGUCACCCUCAGUAUUAACAACAUCACGAAUCUUCAACAAACCCCCGAUAAUGCAGCAAAGGUGAUGCUCAAGAUCUUUGAAAAGGUUGGAGAUGCCGAUCCUGCUACAUAUCUCUUUCAUUUCAAUACUGCCGAAGCCAAGGAGGAGGCAAAGGCUGUCAAAGAUCUCCUGUCCAGUCUAUUAGCCUCAUCGCGUGGCGGUGAUGUCGCCGUCCCUAAACCUUCCGGCGCCAGCGGCGGCUCCUCAACACCAAACCCAAGCGCUGGAGGCACUGGUAGUGGUUCAGCAUCCAUGGCCUUUGCCAGCGCCGUCAAUUCGCAGCAGGCCUCGUCCUCGCGCUGGUUCGAUGACUCACAGCUCAAGAAUGAUAUUGAGCUACAGCAGUCCCUAAUGAGAAACGAUACUAGCCUACAUCAAACUUACGUUGAAGCAAUGCAAACAAAGCCCGAGUCAUUAUCAGGAGCCGCCUUCAAUUCACAGUUCUGGUCAACGCGUACAAAUCUUCUCCGAGCUCAUGCCAUUGAGACAAACCAGAAGAAAGGAGCAUACAAUGUUCUCUCCACAGUCAAACCAAAGACCGUUGACGGUGAGCUAAAACUAAACAUCAGCGUAGAACAGGUGCAGAUGAUUUUCGCACAGCAUCCCCUGAUCAAGCGUGUUUACAACGAGAAUGUCCCAAAAUUAUCCGAGGCAGAAUUCUGGUCACGUUUCUUCCUCAGCAGACUCUCCAAAAUGCUGCGAGGUGAACGAGUCGUAGAAAACGACCCUACAGAUCCUUUAUUCGACAAAUACGACCCAAGCGAGAAUACUGUGGCCUUCCAGAGCAAGAUCAUGGCCCAGCAGGUGCCACAUAUCAUCGACAUAGAGGCCAACGAGGAGAACCAAGGAGGCUUCAGAAGUGGCAAUGCAAAGGAUGUUGAGAUGCGUCCUAGGGGGGAUAUACCCAUUGUCAAGACACUUAACAGUCUUAGUGAGAAGAUCAUGGCUAACGUGGCGCCAUCCGAUGUCAGCACGGACGAUCCCGAUGGCGCUUACAAUGCUUAUGUCCAAUUGGCAUUGCGCGAUCUCAAGGGUGAUGCUCAAGAGCAUCGCAUCAUGCUCAAUGUGAAGGAGCAGAACAAGUUCUUCUCCAAACACGACUCAGCACCCUCUAAGCAGGCUGCUGUCUUCGAAAAACAAGUGCCGAGUGAUGUACUCUUCGAUAUUUUGGGAGAUCUCGAGACAUUAGAGAGUGAUGGAGCUGGCGGUAUCAACAUUCAAACUGCGAUGGGAUUUGAUGAACAGAGCGAAAGCGACGACGACGCACCCAAAAGAUCACAUGUUGGCUCACGUUCUGCUCUUCAGGCCGCUGACAAGGAUAUCAUGAAGGGUGUACGCCAGCAACGUGCCCAGCAAUAUGGUCAUGAUACAGACACUGCUGAGCCCAUGGGCCUACCUGCUGAAAUCUCCCGCAAGUGCAGUCUCACUCAUGCUACGACUAUUGAGUUUUUGCACCAAUUCUGGAAUGCGUUCCUUUCAGGUGAUCCAGACCGUGCUGGGGAACUACAGUAUUUAGCCGAAUCCUUGGGUCGCUCUCUUGCACGAAUCAACGCUGUUGCGGAGGAAGCGGAUAAGGAGCGAGAAGAAAUUGUUCGCAGCCGCAAGAAAGAAAUUCGUGAUCAUUUCGAGCGCACGGGCAAGAAGAUUCGAUGGAGAUCUGAGAAUGUAGGAGGUGGAAAGACUGCAGUGAUUGCCUUGAUGCAACCGACAAUGAAUGCGUUGGAGAAGGCCCAGGCCGAUUACUCGAGAGCUCUGGCAGCCGAAGGUAUUCAGAUAUCGACUGAGGCAUGA